AUAUUUAUCAACUCUUUUAAUGUAUUUUACUUUAUUUGGUUGAACUUCAAUAUUCAACUGUAAAAUCAACACCAUUUCGUUUUUUGAUCUCGUUCAAGUAGUUUGACAUCUAGCUUUUCAAAAUGGUGAUCAGGGAUGUAAACAAUCGAUAAAGAUUACUUUUAUUUCUAUGUAAUGCCAUUGUUAGUUAAUAAAAGAUAUAUUUAGUGAUAUCAUUAGGAACAACAUAUACGUUUCUCGUGCAUUACAUAUAUAGAAAGGAGAAAUAGACCAUCAAACGCUUCAUAAAUGGCGACUAGAAGUCAAAUUUGUCUUUUUUCUCACCCGGAAAUGGAGGUUGUUGCUGAGAAGAUUGCUCGAACAUGCUCAGCUGACGGUAAACAUGAGUUUGUCUCCCAGGAGAGUGAAAUGCUUACGCGGCAUUUGUCCAGAUCUUCUUCAUUCAAAGGAGCACUAGAGCCACGGUCUGUCUGUUUCAAGAAAUCAAUCAACUGGGGAAAAUUUAAUGAUGGCUUUCCAAAUCUUUUCAUAAAUGAUGUCAAAGAAAUUGCAGGAAAGGAUGUUAUUUUCCUUGCAAGCUUUCAUUCCCCUCAAGUUAUCUUUGAGCAACUGGGAAUCAUGUAUGCUAUUCCAAGAUAUUUGGCACGUUCCUUCACUGUGAUUCUGCCCUACUUUCCCACUGGAACCAUGGAGAGAGUAGACAAAGAGGGACAGAUUGCUACUGCAAAGACUUUAGCUGCCAUGUUGUCGCACAUUCCUAUGACAUCACGAGGACCAGCUCAGUUAGUCAUAUUUGACAUACACGCUCUACAGGAGAGGUUUUAUUUCUCUGAAAAUGUCAUACCUAGAUUAGAAUCUGCCAUUCCAUUGUUGCUACGUGAGAUGAGAAACCUUGGAGACAAGAAUAACCUAGCGAUAGCAUUCCCUGAUGAUGGUGCACAUAAGAGAUUUAACUCUUUCUUUCCUGGAGCUAGAUUCAUCAUAUGUAGCAAGAUCAGAGAUGGAGAUCAAAGGGUCGUCAAAAUAAAUGAAGGAGACCCAAUGGGACUGCAUGUGAUAAUAGUAGAUGAUCUCAUUCAAACUGGAGGGACUCUAAAAGAAUGUGGAAGGGCUCUGUUAAAGGCUGGAGCAGAUAAAAUCAGUGCCUAUGUAACACAUGCUGUGUUUCCCAAAGACUCUUGGAAAUCAUUUACAGGGGACAGUGUCAAGUUUGAAAACUUUUGGAUCACUGACAGUGUACCACAUUCAACACAAAUUGCACAACAUUCCCCGUUUAAACUUCUUUCGCUUAGUGAUGUGAUAGCAGACACGCUGUUAGUUAAUAUGCCAAAGGCUAAGGAUAGAGGGGAUAAGGCCAAUGGGCCAUAUAUCAGGAAGGCCAAAGACAAUAACAAUGCUAGUGAGCUGGUGGAUGAUGAAGAUUUAGAUGUGUCUAUGGAAGAGGUCCACUUGGAAUAG